AUGGCGUCGGCGUCGUCGUCGUCGUCCGCGGCCGCGAGGAGGACGCCCCGCGGCGGCCCCCCGAAGCACCGCCACGACGGCACCUCGCCGCUGCCGCUCGGCAUGGACUGGAGCCCGCCCCCCAAGCGAUGGGAGGGAAGGAACACCGUCUGGCCACAUAACCCUCAAACAGGCUGGAGUUACUGUGUGACGAUACCUUCUUGGAUUGCUCAAACACCCGAAGCUGGUGUAGCCUCUGACAACUUCUUGAAAUCUAUAGUUUUUUACAGGAUACAUGUUGGUAUACAAUCACCGGAAGGCGUUAGCUCUAGCCAUGGAGUUCUUCGAAGGUUUAGUGACUUUCUGAAGUUGUGUUCUGAUCUUAAGCGUGCUUUUCCCAGAACAGACAUCCCCCCUGCUCCACCGAAACAUGCCUUCUUAAGAAUAAAUUCAAGCAGGUUGCUUCUAGAAGAGAGAAGGAAUACUUUGGAGGAGUGGAUGCAAAAGCUACUUUCUGAUAUUGACUUAUCGAGAAGUGCUCAUGUUGCUGCUUUUCUUGAACUUGAAGCUGCCGCACGCUCAUAUUUCCAAGAUUGGAAUCAGCGUCCCCCCGAAGCAGGUACUUCAAUAAAAAGCAGUACAGACUCUUCUCGUCAUUCUGAUGAUCCUGGUUCAGGUCAGUCUGAUCAGCAUGCUGGUAGUGUGUCAAAAAGCAGGAAACAGGGUCUUGUCUUUUCGGAACAUGAUGGAAGGAAUGGUUCAGUAGAGUCUUCCAAGGGAGUAGUUUCUGAAGAGGAUUGUGAUUCUAACCCUGGUCAUGCUCGGAAGGAUUCUUCUGAAAGUUUAGGCAGUGAUUUGAGUUCUUUAAGAGGAAGUGAAUUGUCAACUCCAGGGGCUAGUAGUUCCCUAUGGGAUGGUCCUGUGGAUCUCCCAAGUGGUGUGGAUGGACAUAGUCAAACAGAAAAUCUUGCUGGUGUAGAUAUGCAGUUUUUGUAUGAUAUGGAUGCCCAAGUCAUCCUACCAACUGAUCAAAGACAGAAGUUGAGUAGACUUUUGGUAACCAUGCAAAGAAGAAUAGGGACAGCAAAAACCGAUAUGGAGGAUCUCAUAGCACGCCUAAAUCAGGAAGUAGCGGUCAAAGAAUAUCUUUCCACAAAGGUAAAAGACUUGGAGGGUGAGUUGGAAGCUACAAAGCAAAAAGGCAGAGACACAUUACAUCAAGCUAUCUUAGCUGAAAGAGAGAGGAUUACCCAGAUGCAAUGGGAUAUGGAUGAGCUUCGCAGGAAGUACUCUGAGAUGGAGUCAAACCUGAAGGCGGAACAAGAUGAGAAAACUCGUGUGGAAUCAGAGAAAGCUACCGCCAGUGGUAAUAGAGAAGAGUUAGCCGAAGAACUUGAAACGAAACGAAAAGAAGUUGAGAGUUUGCAACGGCAGCUUGGAGAAGUUGAGGCAAAAUCUAAAACAGAUAUGAAGGUUCUUGUUAAAGAAGUCAAGUCCCUUAGGAAUUCUCAAAGAGAGAUGAAGAAAGUGCUGAAUCAGUAUGUUGAGGAGAAGACUGAACUAGAGAGGAUUAUUAAUAGAGAGAAGCAGCGGUCAGCACGUGUGAAGUCAUCCCGUGAAAAAAUGCUUCAUGAAUGCCGACUGCUCCGUGAGCGUCUACAGGAAUGUAGUGCUAAAUUUCUUGCAGAAGAACAAGAUAACUUGACUGUUGACCCAUCAUCUUUGCCUGAUGCACUAGACCUUCUGGCGACGUCAGACAAUAGAAUACGCCUUCUUGUUGCUCAGGCUCAGCAUCUAGCACUGGACGACGAACAGGGGGGCUCUUCCGAUGAUGGCGAAAAUUCCGAUGGUAAAUCCUCAAUUACCAUGGGCAGCGAAGACUCGAGCCUCACCGACGAAGAGACAACAAAGAUGCUGUCCGACCUGCUCAUCGACAACGCGCAGCUGAGGAUGCACCUCAACUCCGUGAUCCGCAACGCUGUAAAUACCUCCGUGAAGCCGGGGAAGGAAGACGCGGACGGAGUCGUCCCGAAAAAGACGGUCCUCAACUGGCUGCUGGACAGAUAG